CUGCCUCCCUUCCUCGCGCUCAGGGGCCGCCGGCGGGGCGCGUCGGACGCGGUGCCCUUCACCCUCCCCGCUGCCCUUGCGCCUGCCCCGGCCCCAGGCAGCAUGGAAAGCGCUGCGCUCGGAGCCGAGUUCAACAUUCUCCUGGCGACGGACUCCUACAAGGUGACACAUUAUAAACAAUAUCCACCUAAUACAAGCAAAGUUUAUUCCUACUUUGAAUGUCGUGAAAAGAAGACGGAGAACUCCAAAUUAAGGAAGGUCAAAUAUGAGGAAACAGUUUUUUACGGGUUGCAGUACAUACUUAAUAAAUACUUACAAGGCAAAGUGGUAACCAAAGAGAAAAUACAGAUAGCCAAAGAGGUAUACAAGGAACACUUUCAGGAUGAUGUCUUCAAUGAAACAGGAUGGAACUAUAUUCUUGAGAAGUAUGAUGGCCAUCUUCCUAUAGAAAUAAAGGCUGUUCCUGAGGGCUUUGUCAUUCCAAGAGGAAAUGUACUUUUCACAGUUGAAAACACUGAUCCAAACUGUUACUGGCUUACAAACUGGAUUGAGACUAUUCUUGUUCAGUCAUGGUAUCCAAUCACAGUGGCCACAAACUCCAGAGAACAAAAGAAGAUAUUGGCAAAAUACUUGUUAGAAACCUCAGGCAGUUUAGAAGGACUGGAAUACAAACUUCAUGAUUUCGGUUACAGAGGGGUCUCUUCACAAGAGACUGCAGGAAUAGGAGCUUCUGCACAUUUGGUGAACUUCAAAGGAACUGAUACCGUAGCAGGGAUUGCUUUAAUUAAGAGAUAUUAUGGAACAAAAGACCCUGUUCCCGGUUAUUCUGUUCCAGCUGCUGAACACAGUACUAUAACAGCUUGGGGAAAAGACCAUGAAAAAGAUGCUUUCAAACAUAUUGUGACACAUUUUUCUUCAGUGCCUGUAUCUGUGGUCAGUGACAGUUAUGACAUUUACAACGCUUGUGAAAAAAUAUGGGGUGAAGAUUUAAGGCAUUUAAUUGAAUCAAGAACUGCAGAAGCUCCCCUCAUCAUUCGGCCAGAUUCAGGAAAUCCUCUUGACACUGUGCUAAAGGUUCUGGAAAUUUUAGGGAAGAAGUUCCCUAUUGUAGAAAAUGCAAAAGGUUAUAAAGUGUUGCCACCUUACCUCAGAAUUAUUCAAGGAGACGGUGUGGAUAUCAACACGUUGCAAGAGAUAGUGGAGGGAAUGAAACAACAGAAAUGGAGUAUUGAAAACAUUGCCUUUGGCUCAGGAGGAGGCCUACUGCAGAAAUUAACUAGAGAUCUCUUGAACUGCUCCUUCAAAUGCAGUUACGUGGUUACCAACGGCCUUGGGGUAGAUGUCUUUAAAGAUCCUGUAGCUGAUCCUAACAAACGUUCAAAGAAAGGAAGAUUGUCUUUACACAGAACCCCAAACGGAGACUUUGUUACACUAGAAGAAGGCAAGGGAGAUCUAGAAGAAUAUGGACAGGAUCUCCUUCAUACAGUGUUUAAGAAUGGAGUAGUAACGAAGACGUACUCGUUUGACGAAAUAAGAGAAAACGCCAAGUUGAAGACUAGUGAAUUUUCCAUGGCAUCUCACUAAAGUUUCAUUCCAUGUUGGUAUAUGUGCAACAAUUAUGUACUGAUAAUAGUUUCUUGUAGAGAUCUGUGUGUUUGUGUUUGCCACAUCCUAGCCAAAUUAUUUGUUGGUUUAUGGACAUCAGUGCCCUAAAUUUUUUAAUUCUUUUUUUUUUUUUUUGGCCAGUCUAAAACUGAAAUAUUUACAGCUGAAAACAUGGUCCGUGUAGUUCUAGGGCCCUUUGCUAGUAGUGAUUCGAUCUGGUAUGGAUCUCAAUGAGACAGUGAUGAGAUGUUUUAUAAAUAAAUAUAUAUAUAUAUAUACAUAUAUAUAUAUAUUAGCAUAUCACAAAACAGAUUUACCUAAUAGUAUCAUCGCUUUAUGUUUAUAAUUAACCUGUAUUUUUGUACAAAUAAGAUUGUGUAAAAUAUAUUUAAAGUUUCAAUAAUUCUGUCUUUCCAAGUUUUCAUGAUUUUUAUGAGCACAGAAUUUCAAGGAAAUAGCCAGGGGUGGGAAAACUCAUUGCCUUUUUUGUCCAUUGAUCAGCAAAUAAAACAUGGCCUUAAGUUUUAUGGUGAGAAUUGUGCUGCUUGAAAGUUUUAAUCAGGAUAGCGCGCUCGGAACUCAGAGAAUGGACUGGGUGGUUCUGCCAUUAAAAGCUAAACUUCUGUAUCCAUCGAAAUGGUGUGAUGCAUGACUUUGAUAAAUGCAUCCCUUUGUUUGAGAGCAGGAGAUAUUAAUGGAAUGCCAAAUAUUGAGUAACGUCUUGCUGCAACAAAUAUUGCCAAGUUCACCUCACUCUUCAAAAAGUGAGGCUGCAACCUUAUGCCCGCCCACAUAGGUAUAAAAUCCAGUGGAACUCAGUGGGAUUUAUUCCAAUAAACUUGCAUGACAACUGACAGCAAAGCUAUGAAAUUUCCUUCCAACUGGAACAGAAUCGUGUAAAAUAGUGACAGGUGUGCAAAUGGUUAUAUUAUUUGGAUUUUAUUUUUCCAUAUAUUGUAACAAACUCCAAAACAAAAUACUGAACUGAAUAGUGCACUUUUAAAACUUUUUUUGUAUUUUGGUCUUCAGUUUUGCUUUUUUGUCAGAUUGGAUGUUAAAUUGUAUAGAUGUCUUAAAUAUUUUUUGUUAAAUAAUUCUAAUAAAACAUGAUUCUAGCCAAACUCUUUUUACACUGAUAGCUUUCCCUAAAAAAAGAAAACACUAUGCAGAGGUUAAGUAUUUCAAAAGAAACUAAAUGCAAUGAAUGAGACUUUUUUCAUGACUGCACUUGAAUAAUUUUCUACACAUGCUCUGAAUUGCUGAAUUAAGAACAAAUUUGUUUAUGUUAAGGCAGGCUGUAUUAAAUUCUCAGGUGUAUAGCCAUACAUAAGGAUGGUUAUUGGAAAAAGGACUUAUCAGUCUUUGAGGUGGCAAUAAAGUUUUGAUUUGAGGGCUAUGAUUUUUUAAUCACUGUAUAUCUGGAAUUUAUAUUAAGUUUAAACUAUUAUUUGGAAAACAGUUCAGAAGAGCUCUUAACAAAAUAAACUAAAGCAAGAGAAUAUGCUCUUAAACAUGUUUGGAAAGCCAUAUUUUAAUGUUCUGCUCUGAAAUAUAUUUAAUUGUCAGAUACGUUAGGACAAUUAUGCCCAAUCUCAAUCAUUUAUUUUGCUUAAUAAGGUUUUGAAUAUUAUGUGUGCUUAAACAUGGGAUGGAUGUAUUGUUAUUUGAUUAGUUUUUUAAGCAAUGAGUUGCAUGCCCAGAAAUAAACAUACUUAAAUACUUACUUAAACAUACCCAUCAGACUGUUCUUUAGGAGUAUGCAGUGUUGUGUUAUGCACAGAAAGGGAGUAGGAAAUAGCCAGAUAAUUUAAAAGCAUGAAGAAAUAAAAGGAAAUGGGGCUAAAUCUAACCUUAUUUCAGCCCCAUUCACUAUGACUUUUCACCCUUCCUUCUACCUUGUCCACUGAACUUCAUUCAAUCAGUGUCUUUUAUCUCUUCACCUCUGAUGAUCUCAACAAUGCCAUUCGACCAUGACUUUCUCAGAAUUCUCUUCCUCACGACUCCUUUAUUCUUCUUUCAUGUAUUGUUUGUAUUACAGUUCGAUUCUUGUUCAUUCUCUAAAUGUGACUUUAGCAUACUUUUCUCAUACUAGUCAUUCACUUCUAUAUUCAGUCCGCAUUCAUUCAACGCCAAUUCAUUCAUGACCUCUUUCUUCUUGUUUUACUGUGCAUACUUGAAGUACCCCACUCUCACUGCAUGAAACUUUGGAUUUCUCCUGACAGACCUAAGUCUCACUUCCAUAUAAUGAAGCAGGUAGAAAUAUGCUCUUAAAUACAUUUUGUUUCUUUCAACAAAUAUUUUUCAAAGCAAACCACUAUUGCUACCUUUCUACCAGCAUUUGCACAUCCUAAAAUUUCUCCAUCAAUUUUUCUGCCUUUAGUAUAUGUUCUAUCAAGGUACAUAAAUUCAUUGAUUUGGUAUAGUUUUGUCAUAUUGUUACCUUGCAAUCUUACUUCACUUUCCCUAUCAAACACAACUACUUUGGUCUUCAAUGCGUUAAGUUUCAGAUUCAUGUUCUUUUAAGCUGAAUUCUUCCAAAUACUCUCCCAGGCAUGUUCAACAAAUGAAAAACUAACAACACUACAAACUCCUUGUGCUUUUUGCAUACCUUUCCCUUUGUAUAAGGCAGGGUUUCUUAACCUUAGCAACUUUAAGAUGGGUGGACUUCAACUCAACUUCAAGCUGGCUGGGGAAUUCUGGGAGUUGAAGUCCACCCAUCUUAAAGUUGCUAAGGUUAAGAAACCCCAGUAUAAGGGAACAAUAAUGGUAUUCUUCCAGUCAGGCAUGGAUGCUGUCUUCACAUUGCACAUUAAACAAGUUCCACAACCAUUCUGUAAGCAAGCCUUUGAGAUGGGCAGCCAUAUAAAAUAAAUAGCUAGCUAGCUACCUAGCUAGCCUCUUUGGUACCUGAACAUUUCUCUAGUUACACCAUCUACACUAGUAGCUUGCAAUUUUUCAGCAUCCUCAGAGCAUUUAGGACUUCCAUUUCAUCUGUUUUUAUCCUUGGGCAUCUAGCAAGGAAAUUCAUUUUAGAUCCCACAGAUACCCAUGCCAAAAUCUAAAGGACUUCUUCCAGCAUUCGCUGGCUUCAGUUUCAUCCCAAAUCGUUUCAGCACUUUCAGAUGGAGGCAUCUCAUUUUUGCAGCAAAUCAUAUUCCUGUAGGCAUUUGCUUUACUCAUCCACAGCCUUUUUCACUUAAUUCCACCUGGCAUCCCUUUUCAUACUUCUUAUAAAUGUAACACAGAGCGCUCUUGUGGCACUCUGUAACAUAAUUCUUUUCACUCUCUUUCAAGCAUUUUCCGCAUCCUUUUUUCUCACAUCGACCUUCCAUUCAUUCUGUUGCAAGAAUCGUCAGUCUUCUAAUACUCUUUCACGCAGGACUCAUUAUUUUGCCAGCAGUUCUACUACUUUCACUAUUUUCUUUCACAUACUUCCUUUUCCUCAAGAUCCACUACUAAAUCAUUGCUCAUCCCAGAUUCAGAAUCUUUCAUCACUUUCAUAUUCUUCAGUAACUCUUUCCGAUUUUCUUCAAAAACAAUGAAACCAGUGACCUUUUUAAUUCAUUACUUUUCCUUGUGUACACAAUACUCUUGCCUAAACCUUGUUUUUGAAACUUGGUUCUAAGCAAAUCUUCCUUUUUCCGUUCUCAUUCUUCUUAGAUCUUUUUCUGUAUUUGCUCAUCUUGUUCCCACCCAUCUAUUCAUGUCUCCUACCAGAUUUUUUUUCCUCCCAAAUCACAGUCAUUCAGAAUGUUGCGUAGUUUUCCCUAAAGCUCAUCACUGGUUCGAUUUUUACCAUUUUCUGGAGCAUCAUGCAGCUAUUACUUGCCUAUGGAUUCCUACUUUCAUGCACAUCCACAACAAUCCAGAAAACCCUAUUUCACACUCUCUGAUAAACACCUUCACUGCCCUGCGUGUAUUCAAAUCCACACAGGCAUCCUUCGUAUCUAUUACAUACUCAAAAUUUACAUUUUUGUAUUUGGCUUUGAAAAGGCCUUCUUAAACAUGAUGAAUUUUCUUCGUGUAUAUUGGGAAUUUAUAUAAUUAAUGUUCGUGUGUAAAUUAUUCACUGAUAUAGUUGUAGGGAUGUGAAGGUCCAGAUUAAAAGAUAAUUUUUUGGGAGGAAACGAACGUUUUGUUCUUUGCUUCAUUUUUAAGUAAGCUUUGUAUCUGUUGAGGGGAAGAUUUCCCAAGGAUUCCUAUACCUGCCAAACAGUAUUGAGCUCUUACUGACAAAUUUAAUGUGAAGAUGAUUGGCAUCUGGAAAUGCGAAGCACUUUGGUUUUAAAUGCAAUGUUACUGUACAGCAGUGUUUCUCAGCCAUGGCAUCUCGAAGAUGUGCGGACUUCAACUCCCAGAAUUCCCCAGCCAGCCAUGCUGGCUGGGGAAUUCUGGGAGUUGAAGUCCGCACAUCUUCCAAGUUGCCAAGGUUGAGGAACACUGCUGUACAGUAUAGAGUUUGAAUCUUGAAUGUCCUAAUUCUUCUACACAGAGAAACUGUCUUUUUGGGUUUAUCUUUAAACAAUUAGGUUUGUAGAAACUGGUUUUUAAGCUGCUUUUUCAUUUUAGUAUAAAUGUCUUUAGGAUUUGCAGUGGGGAGAUAUUUUGUGUUUCCUCUAAAAAUAAUUUAUUUAUAACCUAUAUUUAAGGUAAGAAUUUUUUAGGAUUUUUUUUUCUGAGAAUGAUCAUGAUACAGGUAAUGAAUCUUAUGAUAAAGAGGAUCUACACUGGGAAGCUUUAAAAUGGAUUUAUUGUCUGCCAGAAAAAUCUAACCAUAAAUAGAACUUCCUCUAGUUUUACAUUCCUUCUUAGCCAAGUGAGUAUUCUUCACCUAGAUUCUGUGUUGAAGUAGAUAUCAUGUACUGGCAUCUAAUACAAAUGUAAUAAACGUGGAAAUAAAGUUUUAGUUCCAGGAGUAAAA